AUGCUCAAUCCGUUUGGAAUGGACGACGACGACUUCGAGGUGGACGCCUUGAUCGAACGAAACAUGAUGGCGAGUUGUAUUGUUUUCAAUAUUCGAAGAAAUGUUUUUGAGAUCUCUUACAGCUACGUGGAGGACUUGUUCGACAAAGCCCCGCGUCUGGUGGACAUCGAAGUGACGAAACUGCCGCACACGAUGGUUUCUAGUUUUCGCCUCUCUUCACUCUCUCUAUUCCAGGCCUCGGCGGCUCUUAUGGGCAAGGCGAACCCCAUGAUCGGUUCUGCAGCCAACAUAAAAAUCAAGAAGGCUGAUCAAAGGCAGCUCAACAAGGAUAACUUCCAGAAGGUUGUCCCUUCUUGUUCUCUUUUUCUCAGGUUUUAGAUUACCAACUUCAUGAAACAUCCUAUUGCGUCUUCGACGCGUUCUGUCGAAGGAAUAUCCACUCUACCGUGUAAGAUUUAUUCUUCUUUCACUGUAGAAAAACUGUUUGCAGUCGAUAAUCACGAAACUAGUCAGAAGGUUUUUCCUCCAUGGGCAGUCAAAAAAAAAUUGAAAACUGAAGAAGUUUGCCACGCCGACAAGUUCGGCUAGAGAUGAGAAAGACGACCCGCGAAAGAUUGCUUUCGACUUGGACGAGGCUAUCGAAAAACUCACUAAACUCAGGGAAAGCCAAUUCGCCGAUCAGGUUGCGUGUUUUUUCGAAGUUUUCAGAGUCUCCGUGGUAGAGUUAUUGUUAAGAAUUUCGGAAUUCUUCGGACGAGUAAAAAAAACAUCGAAAUCUGUUCUUUUUCAAGAUUUGCACGAAAAGUUCUGAUCAGACUCACUUAAUAUCUGGUGUUCCGCAUUGUUACUCGGAAAUUUCUAAAGUUUACAAAUUUCUGUUUUUGAGAAAAAAAAACAUUCGAAUUUAUAAAAAAAUAGUUCCAUGGGUAGAUUGGCAAGAGUGACUUAUUGCGUACGCGACAAAUAUUUGAGGAGAAAAACAAUAAGUCGAACGGAAAGAAUCAUGCGAAAAAUAUAAACAAAAAAGGCCUAAAAAAUUUUUUUCAGGCCUUAUUUCACUCAACUUAGUAUAUUUACUGAACCAUGGAAAAACAGAAAUUAUCGUGGAAGUAUCAAAAAAAAAAAACCAUCAAAAUAGUGGCUCGUGUUUAACCUCGAUUUUCCCGCCAAAAGCAGCGUCACCAUCGCCAAUUUGCCGUCGAAUUGACUAUAGAUGCCGUCGAUGAACAGUAAGCCGCCGAGCCGUCACAGGGACCUGGAUCUGAUGUCCGCGAAGACGCAGACGCCAUCGCUCGUCGCGGAGAAACCUGAGGAGAAAACAAAAAGGUCUAAGAAAAUGAAUUUGGAUAAGAUUGCGCCCCCCGUCAACGAGGUACAUCUGAAUGAAUUUUUUCUCAUUCGGUAUCACAGAAACAUUUUUCCAGACUGCGCAUUCUGCAGCUAAUAGUGCGGCUGUAUCUCGACAAGCUGCUCAACCGGACCGACGAACUGACAAGGACGUCAAAAAAGAGAUCCGCGUUUUAGUUGAGAAAUUCCUACGCAAUGAAAACGUGAAGAUCGAGGUCGUUUUUCAAUAAUUGACAACUUCAAAUAGGUUUUUCUCAGACCGCCCCGAGUCGGUCGAUGAACAAAAUUUCGGUGAGUUUCUUUAUUCCUAGAAGUUAUUCCAGACCGAAAUAUUGACCUCGAAUCUCUCCGGAAAAUAAAUGGUUGAGACGGAGAGCACAAGACGUCCAUUGACGACGCCGAUCGCGACGACCGUUGCAAGUGCUGAGAACUCGGUCAGGGUUCAGAAGAUAGUCAGGCCGGACUUUGACCCCAACCUCGACGAAACUCAGAAAGACGAUAUCCCAUAA